AUGUCGGUCAUCACCAAGAAGAAUGAGCCCGUCCGCGUCUGUGUUACCGGCGCUGCCGGUCAGCUGGCCUAUUCCCUGCUGCUGAACCUCGCCCGUGGCGUGGUUUUCGGCGAGGACACCCCGGUCAUCCUUCAGCUCCUCGAUAUCAACCCCGGCAUGGAGUCCCUCAACGGCGUUCGCAUGGAGCUUGAGGACAGCGCCCUGCCCCUGCUGGCUGGCGUGGUCUGCACCUCGGACCCGGAGGUGGCUUUCACCGGUGCCCAGGCGGCCAUCUUCCUGGGUGCCAUGCCCCGCCGUCCGGGGAUGGAGCGUUCGGACCUGCUGAAGGCCAAUGCCAAGAUCUUCCGCGAGCAGGGCGAGGCCAUGAACCGCGUUGCCUCGCCGGACAUCAAGUGCGUGGUGGUCGGCAACCCGGCCAACACCAAUGCCCUGAUCCUGAGCAAGUAUGCCCCGCGCGUGCCCAAGGAGAACAUCACGGCUCUCACCCGGCUGGAUGCCAACCGCGCUCGCAACCAGAUUGCCCUGCGUGCUGGGGUGUCCGUUGAUCGGACCCUGGACGUCCUGAUUUGGGGCAACCACUCGGCCACCCAGUACCCGGAUGUGUCCCAUGCGACGAUUGUUUGCGCGGAGACCGGUGCCCGCCGGCCGGUGUCCGAGGUUAUCACCGACACCGAGUGGCUGCAUGGCGAGUUCAUUGAGACCGUGCAGCAGCGUGGUGCGGCCAUCCUGGCCGCGCGUAAGCUGUCCUCGGCCAUGUCUGCCGCCAAGGCCGUGGCCGACCACAUGCGUGACUGGUGGAUGGGCUCCGAGCGCGAGGGCGAGCUGGUUUCGAUGGCCGUCCCGAGCGACGGGUCUUACGGCAUUGCCGAGGGUCUGAUUUUCUCCUUCCCCGUCCGUUGCCCGGGUGGCGGCAAGUACGAGAUCGUCCAGGGGCUGGAGAUCUCGGAUUUCUCUCGCGGCAAGCUCCAGAAGACUGAGGCCGAGCUGAUUUCCGAGCGCGACGAGGCUCUGGCCUGUGUUGCCGCCGACUCGGCUUAA